CGCUUACAGUACUAUUCACAACACCAGAGGAAGGCAGAGGAUUGCUACCAGGUUGUCCCAUUUCCUUUUCGGAAAUAAAAAUACCCUUCCUUGGAGGUUGUACACGUUUCGUCUAAACUAAAGAAGAUGGCACAGUGGAUCCAGCUUCAGAUGCUGGACUGCAAGUACCUGGAGCAGGUGGACCAGCUGUACGACGACUCGUUCCCCAUGGACAUCAGACAAUACCUGAGCAAAUGGAUCGAGAGCAUCGACUGGGACACGGUGGCGAUACAGGACUCUCUCGCUACCGUUCGGUUCCACGACCUCCUGGCUCAGCUGGACGACCAGCACAGCCGCUUUGCUUUGGAGAACAAUUUCCUGCUGCAACACAACAUUCGCAAGAUCAAGAGGAACCUGCAGGAUCGGUUCCAGGAAGAUCCAGUCCACAUGGCCAUGAUCAUCUCCAGAAACCUGAAAGAGGAGCAGAAGAUCCUGGCCUGUGCAAAGAUGGCUGAGCCAGAUGACGAGGGGACGGUGUCGGCCAUGGUGGUGGAGAAACAGAAACUGGACAACAAAGUGAAGGAGAUGAAAGAAAGAGCCCAGAUGGUGGAUCAGAACAUUAAGAACCUAGAAGACCUGCAGGACGAUUACGACUUCAAAUUCAACACACUGAAGAACAGAGAGAAUGAAAUGAACGGCAUGACGCCGAAGGAGCUGGAAAAGGAGAAGUUGUUGGUUGGGAGAAUGUGUCUAGAACUGAAGGCCAAAAGACAGGAUGUGGUGACCCAGCUGAUGGAGCUGCUGACCGUCACACAGGCGCUGCUGUCAGACCUGAUCUCCGAGGAGCUGCCGGAGUGGAAGCGGAGGCAGCAGAUCGCCUGCAUCGGUGGGCCGCCGAACGCCUGUGUGGACCAGCUGCAGAACUGGUUCACAGCAGUGGCAGAGAGUCUGCAGCAGGUCCGUCAGCAUCAGAAGAAGCUUCAGGAGCUGGAGCAGAAAUUCACCUACGACAACGACCCCAUCACGCAGAAAAAAGCCUACUUAGAGACCCGAGCUCUGGAGCUCCUCAAGAACCUCCUGUCAAACUCCCUGGUUGUAGAGAGACAACCGUGCAUGCCCACCCACCCACAGAGACCCAUGGUGUUAAAAACAGGCGUCCAGUUCACUGUGAAACUCAGGUUCCUGGUGAAGCUGCAAGAGUUUAACUACCAGCUGAAAGUCAAGGCGCUGUUUGAUAAGGAUGUUACAGAAAAGAAAGGGUUUCGGAAGUUCAACAUUUUGGGGACAAACACCAAAGUUAUGAACAUGGAGGAGUCAAACGGCAGCCUGGCAGCAGAGUUCAGACAUUUGCAACUGAAAGAGCAGAAAGUUGCAGGGAACAGAACAAACGAGGGUCCUCUGAUUGUCACCGAGGAGCUGCACUCACUCAGCUUCGAGUCCGAGCUUCAGCUCAACCAAUCCGGCCUCGAAGUGAAACUGGAGGCUAUAUCCCUGCCUGUUGUUGUCAUCUCUAACGUCUGUCAGCUGCCCAGCGGUUGGGCCUCCAUCCUGUGGUACAACAUGCUUACCUCCGAGCCCAAGAAUCUGAAGUUCUUCCUCACCCCUCCACCGGCUAAGUGGUCUCAGCUCUCUGAGAUUCUCAGCUGGCAGUUCUCCUCCAUCACCAACCGAGGCCUGAACCAGGAGCAGCUCAACAUGCUGGCUGACAAGCUGCUCGGAGCCAAAGCCAAGAGGGACCCAGAGGGACAGAUCCCCUGGACCAAGUUCUGCAAGAGUGCCAAUGAGAAAGCGUUCCCCUUCUGGUUGUGGAUUGAAGGAAUCCUGGAUGUGAUUAAAAGACACCUGCUGGCCCUCUGGAACGACGGCUCCAUCAUGGGCUUCAUCAGUAAGGAAAGGGAGAGGGCUCUGCUGAGCGACAAGUGUCCCGGGACGUUCCUGCUCCGGUUCAGUGAGAGCAGCAGAGAGGGUGCCAUCACCUUUACCUGGGUCGAAUACGACGUCCACAACAAGCCUCUCUUCCACUCUGUGGAGCCGUACACAAAGAAGGAGCUGACCGCCGUCUCCCUGCCUGACAUCAUCCGUACCUACAAAGUGAUGGCCGCUGAGAACAUCCCGGAGAACCCACUCCGCUUCCUCUACCCAAACAUCCCAAAAGACAAGGCCUUUGGGAAAUACUACCCCAAGCCCAUAGAGACUGUGGAGCCCAUGGAUGUGGAGAACAACCCAGAGAAGAGAGGCUACAUGAAAACAGAGCUCAUCUCUGUGUCUGAAGUACAUCCGUCCAGACUACAAGACAACAUGCUGCCGAUGUCUCCUGAUGACUACAGACAUCUGUCUCAGUUUGUCAGUUCCAGGGAAGUCGAUGCGGUGACCAACACUCUGAUUGGAUUUGAGGAGUUUGACAUUCAGAUGAGUGCAGAGCUGGAGUGAAAAACUGAUGACACUUCUUCAUUUCAAAGUUCACUUCCUUUUAAGGCUUUUGAUUUUUCAGUGUUAAUUUUUUUAUCUGCUUUUAGAAGUGGGGUGAGGACCCUCACAUCUUUUAAGUUUGAUACAGGUCAGUGCAGUAACCAGUCACCUUGUAGCUGUGAUUUUCAAGGCACACCUAAGAAACAGCCUCUUAACUGUGUUACAGUAUCCUCACUGGUUGUUUUCCAUUUGAAAACCACGGCCUUUAGAAAGAUUUAAGUCACUGUAGAAGGAAGUCGAAGGGUGAAUAUUUUCAGCCUGAGAAUCUCCAGGUUUUUAUGUUUUCUGCAGACUCAUUUUUCAGCUAAUUCAGCUCAAAAUAGAGUGAAAUUAGAGACAAACGUCUGGUUGAUUUGGUGUCAGUUGACUUUAAGUCAAGUUAUGAUGUGAUCAGCUUGUUUUUGUAUAUAUUUCUAUCUAUGUAAAAACACUUUAAGAAUAUGACAUUAUGUCUCUGUGGAUAAUAAUCAUCCUAAAUUGAACUGUACUGUUUGCUUUGAGCCAAAAAUGCCUGUCAUUGGAAAAACUGUCUCCUAAAUAAAACUGACUCAUCUUAAAUGAA